AUGCAGAAUAACAAAACAAUGGAUAAUUAUAAUUGUAGAAGUUUUAAAAAGGAAGAAUAUUAUAAGAAUUAUUACUAUAACCAGGAUCAUUAUAUGAUCAAUAAUAAUUUAUAUAAUAAAUAUAAUUCAUAUGAUGAGGAAUAUACAUACAACAAAAGUAGUAAUAAAAAGAAUUCAUCAUAUACUUAUUAUAGUAAAGAAAGUAUUGGACAUAAAAAAAAAAAACCCAGUUUUUUAAAAUCACAAUAUGCUAAUAAUAUGAUACCAUCUAAUAAUACAAAAUUAAAUAAUAUACUUGAAAAAAAUAAUCAUAAUAAAAUGAAUUAUGAUUAUAUUUUAACAAGAAAUAAAAAAAAAAGAACCAGCAUCGAAAAAAAUAACAAACAUAAUGAUAAUAUGAUAGGUGAUGUUUAUUAUAAAAUUGCGUAUUAUUUAAAAAAAAAUAGGAAAUAUAUGCAAAGCAUAUUAAAAAAAAAUUAUGUCAUUAAAAUUUAUCUAGUCAGACAUAUGGAAGCUUUACAUAAUAGAGAAGUAAUAAAAAAUUCAACGAUAUCUAGAGAUAUGAUUUAUAGAAAUAAAGACUUUUUUGAUUGCAAAGCUAGUGAAGAAGGAAAAAUAAAAUCUGAACAACUCAAGUCCAAAGAUAAUAAACUUUAUCAAAAACUUAUCAAGUUGUAUAAUGAAUCUAUGCAUGAUAAGGACGAACAUACAAGUGACAUUAACAUGAACCAACAAAAACAUAAUGCUAAACAUAAAAAUUAUAAUAACAAUAAUAUUAAUCAUAAUAAUAAUACUUUACAUAUUAAUCAUAAUAGUAAUACGCUCCAUAUUAAUCAUAGUUAUAGUAAUCAUCGCAGUAAUGAACAUGACAAAGGAGCCUUCGAAAAAAAUAACAAUUUUGUUAUUAUUACUUCACCUUUAAGAAGAUGUCUUGAAACGACAAAACACUUUCUGAAUUUUAAAAAAAAUAUUAUAGUUUAUGAAGCUGUAAGAGAAACUGCUGGAAACUAUUAUAGUGAUCAAAGAUCCAAAACGUCAGAUGUUAAAAAAUUCUGUGAUCAGAAUUUUGAAGAUUAUGAACUUAUUUGCUUCGGUGAAACAGACACAUUAUCAGGAAACAAAUAUAGAGAAACCUCUGAACAAGUCUAUUGCAGAUGUUUACAAUUCUUAAAAUUAAUCCAUGCAUUAGCUAUUAAUUAUUUUGCUUCAUUAGAAAAAAUGAAUCAACCAGAAGAAAUAAAUAAUAAAAAUUAUGAAAAUAUGAAUUCGAAAACAUAUACUAAUGAUGCUAUUUCUGAAAAUGUUGAAAAUGAAAAAGCUUGCUCAGCUAGCCAAAAUGAUAAUUUUUUUGAAAAUAGCCUGAACAAUUCAGGUAAAAUAAAUGAGAAAAAAAAAAAGGCUGAAAAGCAAGAUGAUAAUGAAAAAAAGGAAUUUGAUGAGAAUAUUAUAAUAAAAGAGGAGUAUGAAGAAGUGACAGUGGAAAGUAAUAAAGAUGUUAAUGAUGAUGAUGAUGAUGAAAUGUUGAAUGAUUUAAGUACAAAAAAAAUAAAUAAAAUAAACAAAAAUAAUAAUAGUAAUAGUUGUUGUGUUAAUAAUAGCAUAUCAAACAGUUCCGAUUGUGAUAAAAAUGUUGAGAAUGUAAAAGAAAGGAAAAAUAAGAAACAUGUUUAUAAUGUUGUGAUGGUUUCUCAUAGUUCAUUUAUUGUUCAUAUGUUAGCUUUAUUAGAUUAUUUAGAUUUAGAUUUUCGAGGAUUAAAUAAUUGUGAUAUUAGAAAAAUAAGUAUUCCAUUGACUCAUUCCUUUUUAUUUUAUAAUAAUAUAACUAAUUUACAAAUUGCACGUCCCUUAUCAAUAAAUAAUAUUCCUAUAAGUUAUAUGAAUAAAAAUAGAACAUUAAAAAAAGCUUAUAAAGAUAAAUAUAUAUAUACAAUAAAUAGUUAUACAGAAUUCGAUGAGCUAAUAUGUUCACACCCAUGCACAGUAAUUAUAUAUCAAUAUGAUAUGCUUAUAAAAAAUGAGAAGAAUAAAAAAUAUUUAGACAUGGUGCAAAGGUUUAUUGAUAAGAGUAAUAAUUAUUAUAACAACUCGAAUGAAGAAAAAAAAAAGAAUGUUUAUUCAAAUGGUUUAUAUAAAAAUUAUGUUUUAAGAAAUAAGUCCUUAGGGCGCAAUGUGUUAAUAUAUGAUGGUAGUGAGUAUAUUAUAUAUGUUCCAGAAAAACGUUCAUGGGAAAUAAAUAAAAAAGGAUAUAUAGUUGGUCAGAAUAUUAUUCUUGUAGUAUUGCCAGAUGUAGAAUCUAAAAUUAUAAAUAAGGAUAAUCUUGAUGAAGAGGAGAAUAUAUCUAUGAAAACAAAAAAUAAAGAACAAAAUGAAAAUUAUAAAAAAGGAUCUCAUUAUUUAAAAAAUGUAAUAGACGUUAUAAACAAUUAUGAUAAUAUACAAGAUCUAAUAAAAUCAUCUGAUUUUUGGAUUACUUUAAAAGAAAAUAUAAAAAAUAUAGAUAUAGCUACUUUUCAAAAAUUUUUGAUUGAAAAAUAUAAUACAAUUAUAAAAAAUGAAAUGGAUGUAUGUUAUGUAGAUAUUAUUGGAUGUAUUGAGAAUAAAGAAUUUAUGAAAAAAAAUGAAAAAAAAUGUAAUGGAUAUUUGAAAAUAUUGAAAGAAAAAUAUGAAAAAAAUAGUGAUAUAAAUUUUGAAGAGGAAUGUAAAUAUAUUAAUGAAAAUUUUAUAGAAGAAAUAUUUAACUCUGAUUAUUCUUUAGUAAAUUCAGAAAUAAAAAAUGAAAAACACAAAUCAAGUGAUAAGUACAACAAUAAUAAUAAUAAUAAUAAUAAUAAUAAUAAUAAUAAUAGUUAUAUACAAAAUAAUGACUUGGUUGAAGAAAAUAUAAUUAGAAGAAAAUUUAUUUACAUACCAAAAAAAGAUAGUAACAAUAUAAAAAUUCAACCCAAUAUAAAAGGAACAUAUAAAAAUGAAAAACAAAAUAAAAGUUUUCUUCAAGAAAAUAUUAACUUAUUAAAAUCAUUUCCACAAUCUAUUCAAAAUUUAAGUGUGGAAAUGUUUUAUCGUGAUAAUUAUUUUUAUUUUCAUUGUUUAAAUAAGUAUAUUAAAAGUAAAAACAAAAUUGAAGGAUUAAUUAUAUGUAAACUAUUGGCAUAUCUUGAUCUUUUAAGAACAUAUAAUACUCCUCAGAUGAAUAAAACAUAUCAAAGAUUAAUUCAUAUAGAACAAAAAAUUGAUAACAAUACUAAAGGGGUAGGAGAAACACUUAAUACAUAUUCAUGUGACAUUAAUCCUGUGCUUGCUAAUAAUACUUCUUAUUAUGGAGAAGGACCAAAAAAAUAUAAGACCAUUCAUUCAAUACCAGGAAGGAAAAAAAGUGUGGUUGAUGAUUUGAACUUUUUGAGAUAUAAUAUUCUUACCGUAGCUGGAGGUGCCGAGAACGUUUACAUUUUGAAUGUUUUAAAAUGA